CAGCCAGCAGCCAAACAGUAAAAAAUGGAUAUCAGCUAUAUCUUCGUGAUCUGCCUGAUGGCCCUGUGCAGCAGCGGCAGCGGUCUGAGCCAAGUCGAGGGCAAACAGAAAUCCGGAAGGGGCCGGGGAUCCAUGUGGUGGGGCAUUGCCAAGGUCGGCGAACCCAACAAUAUAACGCCCAUUAUGUACAUGGAUCCGGCCAUCCACUCCACGUUGAGGAGAAAACAGCGUCGCCUGGUCAGGGAUAAUCCCGGUGUCUUGGGAGCCCUGGUGAAAGGCGCCAAUUUGGCCAUCAGCGAGUGCCAGCACCAGUUCAGGAAUCGUCGCUGGAACUGCUCGACGAGAAACUUCUCGAGGGGCAAGAACCUAUUCGGCAAAAUCGUUGAUCGAGGCUGCCGAGAGACUAGCUUCAUCUAUGCCAUCACCAGUGCGGCAGUGACCCACUCGAUCGCCAGGGCCUGCAGUGAAGGGACCAUUGAGUCCUGCACCUGCGACUACAGCCACCAGUCGCGAUCCCCACAAGCCAACCACCAGGCGGGCAGUGUGGCCGGUGUGCGGGAUUGGGAGUGGGGCGGCUGCUCCGACAACAUCGGAUUCGGAUUCAAGUUCUCCCGGGAGUUCGUCGAUACUGGCGAGAGGGGUCGCAAUCUGCGCGAGAAGAUGAAUCUGCACAACAACGAGGCGGGUCGAGCGCACGUCCAGGCGGAGAUGCGACAGGAGUGCAAGUGCCAUGGAAUGUCCGGCUCGUGUACAGUGAAGACCUGCUGGAUGCGACUGGCCAACUUCCGUGUGAUCGGCGACAAUCUGAAGGCCCGCUUUGACGGAGCCACCCGCGUCCAGGUGACCAACAGUCUGCGGGCCACAAAUGGUUUGGCCGCCGUAAGUCCAAAUGCUGCUGGCUCGAAUUCAGCGGGCUCCAACGGCCUGAUUCUACCCCAGUCGGUGGUCUACGGCGAGGAGGAGGAGCGCAUGCUGAACGACCACAUGCCGGAUAUCCUGCUGGAGAACAGCCAUCCGAUCAGCAAGAUCCAUCACCCGAACAUGCCGUCGCCCAACAGUUUGCCACAGGCUGGUCAAAGGGGAGGACGAAAUGGACGUCGCCAGGGUCGCAAACAUAAUAGAUAUCACUUCCAACUGAACCCCCACAAUCCGGAGCACAAGCCGCCGGGCUCCAAGGACCUCGUCUACCUGGAGCCCUCGCCCAGCUUCUGCGAGAAGAAUCUGCGACACGGCAUCCUGGGCACCCAUGGGCGCCAGUGCAACGAGACCUCGCUGGGCGUCGACGGAUGUGGGCUGAUGUGCUGUGGGCGUGGCUAUCGGCGCGACGAGGUCGUCGUGGUGGAGCGGUGCGCCUGCACCUUCCACUGGUGCUGCGAGGUCAAGUGCAAGCUGUGUCGGACCAAGAAGGUCAUCUACACGUGUCUGUAAGGCGACACUGCCCCGCCUCAAAGCCACCGCCCUCUACAGUAACCCCUCCCUUCAUUCUUUGUAUGUGUUAUGUAUUUUGUCUACGCUUAGCCUUUGUUAUUAGCACCUUAAGAGCCUAGACUAUAGCCUAGUUAAAGAUACGACUAACGCCCAUCUGAAAGCCCCCCCUUUAACUCUCACUUUUUUCUAGCAGUAUUACACGAGGAAUAUUAACGAAUAGAUUUCAAGAAAAAGUGAGGAAUACAACAUGUGUUUGCCCAGUUUUUAGUCAUGUAAGACAGCUCCCAAUCGAAGCAAAAUAUUUUGUAAAUUACAAAGCCCCAUUUUUGUACCCCUCGAUGAUAGUUAGUAAUUAAAGUUAAUUUAGUCUAGAUUAAAGUUUUCAAAGCGCGUCCCUUUCUGCUUAAUUCCCUCUCUGUCGUUUAAAUCCUUUUUAAAUCAUUGAAAACAAGACUGAAAAUUCAAAUAGCGCGCUGCUCUUUCCUUCUCUUUAGCGAACACUGCUUGAACUGCUUGCGUACUGCUUUGGCCAGGACCAAAACGUAUGUGAAGUGGGCGGUAGAAUCCUUUAAGAAAAUCUGUUACCAGGGCUGGAAAACAAUUGGAAUGCGUAACUAAAAAUUCCAAUUAAAGUUUCCCCUUCUUAGCCAGGUCAUAAAAAGAAAAAAAUUACUUUUGUGUACAUAAAUACGUUUAAAUUAACUUUAAGUUUUAGGAUAAAUUCAGACCAACCCCACGAAAUACAGAGAAAGAUUUUAGUUGCUUGGAAUUUAUGAAAUUUUGCACACGAAAUAUUUUUUUUUGUAAACGCAUUUAAUUUAUCUCCCCUUGGCCUUUCGGUUGUGCGUUCUCCCCCACCACCCUCAUUGUAGGUAUUACUAAUUAAUUAAAUUCACUUAGCUGGCUAGUUAAACUAAGUAUACAAAUAGCUCGAUAUGAAUAUAAUAUUUAAUUAAUUUAUACUAGCUCAUAGACAUUCAAUUUUGUAAAGUAUUAAUGCGAAGGAAAACAAGAAACAAAAAAGCGAGCAGAAAAAUGCGAAUGCAAUCGAAAACAAAUCAAUAAAAAACAGAAAACGACAAUGAGUAAAAAAA